CUGAUCUGAAAAGCUGUCAAGUAGUUAUGCUGCCCUGUGUUGUUAUCGAGUGUUUUGCAAGUAGGGUGUAUUGUUAUUUUCGGUGACCUAUUAAUACUCUGAUGAUGUCAUUGAUCUAAACUUGGAGAUCAAAGUAAUUCUCUAUUUUGCCACGGACCAGAACCGAUUGUCAUCUUGUGUCACCGGUGGACCUGAAGCUGAAUUACCUGUCAUAAAUUUGUGUUACUUGACAGAUAGACCAGGUCGGUACAGUGUACGGUGUAAUAACGGAAUGGCGUCUAAUUCGAAAGAUGAUGUGGAUAAAGAAACAAAACGGAUCUCAUUUGGUGCGGUGAACACAAUAGAGUUUGAAAGCCUUGAACCACAUAGAGAAGAGGAGACAAAGAAACCAGAAGAGGAUGAAAAGGAAGUGGAAGAACGUCGGGUGUGGCUGAUGGAUUUGAUGAAACUGUCACUUGGUCUCGCUCCAACCCCCGAACAAUUGCUGGAAACGUUGGACAUUGAUGGCGUCGUUAACUUCAUCAAAAGUGAGAAGUGCAAAAGUAUCGUCACCAUGGCAGGAGCUGGUAUUUCUACAUCGGCAGGCAUUCCUGACUUCAGGUCCCCAAAUACAGGCCUUUACCACAACCUAGAGAAGUACAAUCUUCCUCAUCCUAAGGCUGUGUUUGAUAUUGGGUACUUUUGGAAAAAUCCAGAGCCAUUUUUCCAUCUUGCCAAAGAGCUAUGGCCGGGUGUAUUCAAGCCGACCCUUUGCCACUACUUCAUUAAGAUGCUUGAUGACAAAGGCCUUCUGCUACGCCACUAUACCCAGAACAUUGAUACCCUUGAAACUCAUGCAGGACUUGAUCCAGAAAAAUUGGUCGAAGCUCAUGGUAGUUUCCGCACUGCUCACUGCCUUAUUUGUGAAAAGGAAUACAGUAAAGAUUUCAUAGAAGAUAAAGUGUUCGCUGGAGAAGUACCUAAGUGCCAAGAACCCGGUUGUGAGGAUAACGUUGUCAAACCUGAUAUUGUGUUCUUUGGAGAGUCUCUUCCUAAAAGGUUUGCAGAAUUAUCAUCGCAGGACAUGGGGAAGUGUGACUUGCUGCUGGUCAUGGGAACCUCCCUUGUGGUGCAGCCGUUUGCAGCCCUCACCAACAGAGUUAAGCAUGAAACUCCAAGGAUGUACAUGAACCUAGAGAAGACUGGAUCGGGGCCAAGCAAUCCAAUCACAAUGCUAAUGUUUGGAGGAGGCUUCAAGUUUGAUGAUGAAGACAAUUACAGAGAUGUGUUUUGGCAAGGAACUUGUGAUGAUGGUUGUCUCCUUUUGGCAGAGAAGCUGGGCUGGAAGGAAGAGCUACUACAGAUUGUAAAAGAAGAACACGCCAAAAUUGAUGAGAAUGUGAAAAUUCUGAAAGCCAAAAGUGAACGUCUUCAGGGUGGGGAACAGAUGACAAAGUCAGAUGGAAAAACAGUGGACCAAUCAAAAUCUGCUGUAAUGAACGAAUCUAACCCUGGAAAGUCCUCACCUGGAACUGAGAAAGACACUCCCUCAAACGCUUACAUUCAACAGCUAUCAGUAAAACAGAAAUCCUCCUCGGGAAAAGCCACUUAUGGGCCUUCAGUAUCCACAAGUUCUAGUUCAAAAUCCACAAGUUCUAGUUCAAAAUCCACAAGUUCAAGUAAAGUUUAAGGAGAAAAAAAUGAUGGGGUUACAUUUAAACACAAUGUUAACUACUCUACAGAUAUAAACUGUAAAUAAAUAGAAUAUAUAGAUUUCAGAAUCAGUGCAAAAAUGUCAACACCGAGUAAUCUAAGAGUCACAAAGCAAAUGUUCCACACGUCAUGAUUCCCACUUUACAGUACAUUUUAUAUGGAAAACAACUGUUUUUCUUUCAAACAUGCUGUAGCACUUAAUUAAGAGAUUUAUGUUGAUUUUAUUUCUUGCUUUAUUUAGCUGCGUUUCUUUAUAGAACUUGCCUUUGUUGUGUUUAUAUUUAUUCAAAAGUACAAUUUAUUUCAAUGAAGAACGUAUCAGCUGAGGAGGGGAAUUGACUAGGCUAGUUGUAUGUGUGAUAAUGGGUGCAUUAGCCUACCAAAGCAAACUUACUGGUAGUGUGAGUGUAAUACCUUAUUUCUUGGUACUAGCUCUGUACAAAUGAUUGUUUUCGACGAUAUUACAACUUGUUAAGGCACUUGUUAUGUAUAUUGUUAUACACAGUGCUGUGUUCACUAGAUAACAUUAGAUUAUCAAAAAACAAUAUAAAAUAUGCACUUGUAUAUUAUAAUCAAAAUUCGAAAUUGAUCAUGAGCAAGAAUGACAUUUUAUAGUUGAUGUAUUUGUUUUUUUUAUUACAUAACAACAGUUGUUGAGGGUUGGCCAGUUUGUUUUUGAUACAUUACAACAGUUGUUGAGGGUUGGUCAGUUUGUUUUUGAAUACAUUACAACAGUUGUUGAGGGUCGGUCAGUUUGUUUUUGAAUACAUUACAACAGUUGUUGAGGGUUGGUCAGCUUGUUUUUGAAUACAUUACAACAGUUGUUGAGGGUUGGUAAGUUUGUUUUUGAAUACAUAAUGACCAUUAAUGAUGGAAUUUUUAUACACUGUAUUUUAAUCCCGCUUUGUAUUGGUAUUUUGGUCAACCCCUCCUAUAAAAUUAUAAUUAUUAUAAGUGUUUUUUAGUAUUAUUUGUACACCCGUCUAUGACAGAACAUAUAAUGGUAUGGCAACCUACAAUCACCUAGAUUGCUAUAUUUAUAUUCAUUGCUAAGGCAGAGUGUUAUGUAUUAUAUUGUGCUAUACCAUGCUAUAUACAGAGUUAUGGCCCCUUGUUCAUUGUUUAAUAACAAAGUAAUUUCACCUGUGAUCACCAAGCUUUUUGUUAUCAUUUUUCACACAAAAAUUAAUGCUGCUAUUGCCCAUGUUGUCACAUCAACCCCCCCACCCUUUUAUAUUUUUCAGCAGUUUCACUCAUCGUGCACCUUGACUCACUGAACUCUACUCUACAAGUGGAGAGCCUGUUCGUUUACGCUUAUGUGGAACAACCAGUUCGUCUGUUUUUAAAUGUAACAUUUUUUGGUAUAAAUCCUGGCGGAUAUGCAAAAGUUUAUGCAGGCCUUGUAAGGCUUUGUCAAGGCUCACCUGAAAGCAGCAUCAGAUUACUAGGUCUGACCUUAUAUCAUAAACGAACUGUGGUACAGCCGGUAUAUGGAUUAUUAGCUCACCUGGCCCGAAGGGCCAAGUGAGCUUAUGGCAUGGUGCGGCGUCCGUCAUCCGUCCAUCGU